AUGGCCGGAGCAGCUUCCAACGACCAGGCUCUCUCUCUCCUUGCCACCGUCAACAACCACGGCGAUUUGGCCGUCAAGCUCUCGUCUUUGAAGCAGGCUAAGGAUCAUUUGCUGUCCCUCGAGCCCUCUUUUGUGGCCGUGAUAGUUACUGUCUGCCUUGUGCUUCCUCAUUACGACACCGUUCCUGGUCAGCUGGGUUUGUGGGUGACCUUUUGCAGAUACAAUGGCUCAGCUCAUAGAGGCCCAGCUUUAACACCCGCAGAAGUGUUGGUUUCCAUUCAUGGUAUUGUUCCUGAGAAUGAUGGACUUGCACUUAAGAAGAUAACAGAUGCUUGCUCAGCCUGUUUUGAGCAAAGCACAGUUUUCACGCAGGCGUUGGCAAAGGCCCUGAAUCAGAUGGUUGAUCAAACUCCUCUUCCUCUUCUCUUUAUGAGAACAGUUUUUCAGGCAAUAGAUGAUUUUCCUUCACUGGUUGAUUUUGUUAUGGAAAUACUUUCCAAACUUGUGAGAAAACGGGGGACAAGUGAUGUUCUAUAUGUAAGGUUUGGAUUCCUGAAAUGUGCGUCACAGACACAGCCACAUUCUUUCCAUGUAUUGUUACGGCUACCACCCCCACAACCUGAAAGCACUCUGAACAAAUAUGCGAACCUCAGAGGUCCCCUUGCCGCUUAUGCUAGCCAGCCUAGCGUAAAAGCUUCACUCUAUAGACCAAAACUUGCCGACCUUGGUCUAGAAAAUGAAACACAUUUGCAGCAACCGCAUGUGCCACCAUCGUUAUACCUUACAGACACAAGCUCAUCAGUUCACGGAGUGGACUCCAACGUGAUAAUUACAAAGCAACACAAGCUCAUCAAUUCAUGGAGCAACUCCUACGUGAUAAUUAGAAAGCGUUCGGACUCUCAAAAGUGACCGGCUAUGUACAGUACAAAUUGGGACAUCUGAUAUUUGAGAGCCACAAAUGUGGGAAGGAAGAUGUAGAUUGACCACGUAUAUGGCGUCUGAUUGCUUUCGGGUAUUUGAUCGCCGAUUGGUGGAACCUAACGAUGAAUCUGUCCGGCUGCAUAUGGAAAUAUCAGUUCUUCAGAAAUACAGGCAAGAAAGAAUAAGGAAGAAAAAAAAAAAAGAAUGUAUUGUAUCUGUCUUUUAUGAUUUAACCUUGUAAAUUUUGAUUCUCCAAUCUAAUCCGAGGACAGGUUUAAAUUUUGGGUCAUUAAAUAAUAGGCUCCUGUAAAUUGUAGUUGUAUUUAUUUUUUUAGUUUAGUUCAUAUUCUUUUGGUAUUU